ACUGAUAUACUCUCAAUUUCCCCACUUAAUUCCUCUUUCUUAAUCCAUCAAAUGCUGAAGAUUCUAGAUAUAUCUCGAUUUUUCACUCGAUCAUCUUCUUCAUUCUUCUCUGCAAAUUACCUUCCUUUUACAGCUCUUCAAUCUUCUCUCUCUCAUCGAAGCUUUUCGAUCAUGGCUUCCGCUUCUGCUGCCGAUGAGUUCGUCAAGGGCAACAUUCAUCCCAAUGGCGUCGCCGUCAUCACUCUUGAUCGCCCUAAAGCUCUUAACGCCAUGAAUAUAGAUAUGGACAUCAAAUACAAAAGCUUCCUUGAUCAAUGGGAAGAAGACCCAAGAGUGAAAUGUGUUUUAAUUGAGAGUAGUUCACCUCGUGCAUUUUGUGCUGGAAUGGAUAUUAAAGGCGUUGUUGCCGAACUCCAAAAGGACAAAAGUGGUGAUGUGAAGCAGAUCAUUACAAAUAACAGUUUAUCGGAUGUGAUUGAGAUAUUCACUGCGGAGUACACUUUGAUAUGUAAGAUAUCUGAAUACAGAAAGCCGUAUAUCAGCUUGAUGGAUGGCAUAACUAUGGGUUUUGGUAUUGGCUUAUCUGGCCAUGGCCGUUACCGCAUUGUGACAGAGAGGACUCUUCUUGCUAUGCCAGAGAAUGGUAUUGGUUUGUUUCCUGAUGUCGGAUUUUCAUACAUAGCCGCAAACAGUCCAGGAGAAGGAACUGUAGGUGCUUAUCUUGGUAUGACUGGUAGAAGAAUAUCUAAUCCAGCUGAUGCUUUGUACGUUGGCCUAGGGACACAUUAUGUGCCAUCAGGAAACCUUGGUUCUUUAAAGGAUUCUUUGUUGGCCUCCACAUUUUCGGAGGAUCCUCACCAAGACAUAGCAGCACUAGUGUCAAAAUACAGCACCCAGCCAGAGUCUGAGCCACAACUGAAGGUACUAUUGCCUCAUAUUGCUUCUACCUUUGAUGCGAAGAAGCCAGUCAGCGAGAUUUAUGAGGAAUUAAGAAAGCAUCAGCAGAGUUCUGAUGACACAGUCGCUGGAUGGGCAAAGGAGGCCUUAGAAGGGCUUGGCAAAGGGGCUCCAUUCUCUCUUUGCUUAACGCAAAAGUAUUUUGCUAAAGUUGCAUCAGGCCUCAGAAGUAAUGAUGCUGAUCUGUCAAAACUGAGCGGAGUGAUGAAACUGGAGUAUAGAAUUGCUUUAAGAUCUUCACUGAGAGAAGAUUUCACUGAAGGUGUCCGUGCUGUCCUGGUUGACAAGGAUCAGAAUCCAAAGUGGAAACCACCCAGUGUGCAGGAAACCGACUUGCAGGAAGUGGAGACUCUUUUUGAGCCAUUGGACCCAAGUAUUGAAGAAUUGAAGGUUUAAGUGGAUGUCCUCUUCAUCUAACUUAGACUAAUAAAUUGUGUGUUCUAGAAUGAAUUAUGUAAUCCUAAUAAUUUUCAAAUUGAAAGGUACAUUUGAACUGUACCCCCCAAAACUGAUCCAAGUUAUUUAGUCUGUAACAGUGAGAUAUAUCUUUAUCAGUAUUGGAAACUUGAAGAUGUAUUCAUUUGA